AUGGAUAAAUCCAUACUUCAGGUAGAUCUUCAUGGCAAUCCGUUUGACUGCACGUGUUACGUGGAUGAGCUAAAACGUCAUAUAUUGGAGCGCUAUGCGCAUCGACGUGAAUUGCGCUAUGAGCAAACUAGUUGUGCCACACCGGAACAGUCCGUUGGAACACCCAUUUACAGGUUAAAUAAUAUCGCCGAUUGUCCGCUACUGUUUGGCGCUCGCUACGGUUUGUCACAACUGUCCGAACUGACAAUCCUCUUUUUGGCGCUGGUCGUGUUCGUCUUAUUCAUAGCAAUUUUGGUACUAUUUGCAUAUAACCGUUUGGGUCGAAAACAGAAGAAGAAAUACGCUGAUGUAUCAAACUCGCAAUCCAGGAUAGCCUUAACACUUUCACAGCAUCUCAGCAAUUCACCAUCAUCUUUAACCGAACCUUUAACACCACUGCCAGAAUCGCCAAUAUCCGGAAUUUCGACAAAAAUGCCACCUCCACCGCCUCCUAUUCUACCUAGCAUUUGA